AUGGAUGGCACGGGCAGUGCUGCGGUUGCGGAGCGAGGACAGCAAGGGCGGGCUGUACCCGCAGAGGCGGCAAAGGAAGAAGAUGUGGUGGUGCAGUCGAGUGUGUUUCGCUUCUUUGGGGAGCUGUCGCUGGACAGCAGCGAUGGCGGUGGUGUUGACGGUGAUGCUUCCUCAGCAGCGAGAAGCGGCGAUGACGCUCAGGAUGAUGACCACGCGCGCCACCUUCGAGACGGCGUGAUCGCACUUCUGCAGACCCUCUCCACAACAUUCGACCAGGGCGCCAUCACCCCUGCAACCUGGCAUCAGCUGGCGCAAGGUCUGGUGGACGAAUGCAAGGCGCGCUUGCGGGGCGACUACCUCGAGGCACCUGCUCUCAUCGUUAUCGUCUCGUCUUCUCUGAUGUGGUGCUCCUUCGUGUGGCUUGUGGGACGCAGCUUGGCACAGCAUGUGCCGACGGAAGCGGUGGCCGGUGAGCCGUGUCACAACACAGCAAUCGUCAUAUGUCCUCCAUCCGAGCUGCAUGCGUGUAUCCAAGCCAUUCGGAGCCAGGGGCCCCGGAGUCCCGCUUCCGGUUCGUACGAGCUACUGAGGAACCUGAGCAGUACAGUUAAUCAGACGCCACCCGAACCUCCGGCCAAGGAUCAUCUGGAAGAGUAG